AUGCCCCCGCAAAUACAGAAAGAUAAAAAAUAUUACGAAAAGCAAAUAAGAAAAAGAGCAAAUGCAAUAACUGUAAUAAAAUCUCAAGAAUCAAAAGCAAAAAAUGUGGACGAAAAUACCGCACAGCACGAAUUAAACAAACGUAUAAGCAUAUUGGAUGCUGCAUAUGAAAAAUUUUCAAAAAGCACUGCAGAAGCUGAGGAUUGCGAUGAAUAUCUUGAAGACGAUAUAGACCCAUCAGUAGAAAUAGUAACAGAAACUUAUUUAAUGGUCUAUAAUCAAUUAAAAUCCUUUAUAAAGGAGGAAAAUACAUCUGUUUUGCAUUCUACAAUGAGCACAACACAUCGUCAAAAUGAAAAAAAGGUAAAACUCCCUGAAAUAAAAAUACCAACAUUCAGUGGAAACCCCAUGGAAUGGACUUCUUUCUCGGACACAUUCACUUCUCUCAUAGACUCAGAUCAACAGUUGACAGACGUUGAUAGACUCCAUUAUCUAAAGAGCUCGUUGAGAGAUACAGCCCUAUCAGCAAUUAGUAAAUUACAAGUUACAGAUGCAAAUUAUAGAAUAGCAUGGGAUAUUUUAACAGAGAGAUUCAAUAACAAAAGGACAAUUGUUAAUCACUGUUUGGCACAAUUUAUGGAUCAGCCAAAAAUUAAUUCAUUAAAUUCCGCCAAUUUACGCGCAUUAAUAGACAUAUCAAAAGAAUGCAUGCAGUGUGUAGAAACUCUAAUUGAUUACGUCAAUCAAGACUGGGAUGCAAUUCUGGUUUUAAUAAUUGAACGAAAAAUAAAUAAUGAAUUGAGAAAAAGCUGGGAACAACAUUUGGGAGGUGCAACAAGAAUUCCGUCUUUCGACGAGUUGUUAAAGUUUCUAGAAACGCAGUAUAGAAUAUUAUGCACAAGCGAAUCAACGGUAGAAAAUAAAGCAAAACCUGAAGGCAUGUCGACAACUUCUCAAAUAGUUCAUAAUAAAAAAUCAGAGAUUGCAUCGGUUCCAAAGCAACAAGAUCAGUGUAGUGUUUGUAAAGAAGAUCAUUGGAUGUUCUUUUGUCCAGUUUUCGAGUCAUGGACAGUAAAUGCAAGAAAAAGAUUUAUAACAGAAAAUAAAUUGUGCGAAAUAUGUUUACAUGCACAUGAAAAACAGCAAUGUCGAUCAAAAUAUAAGUGUAGAACAUGUGGAGGGGAACAUAAUACAAAGUUACAUGAAAAUAGUUCAACUUCUGUGCAUGCAAUAUCUGUAUAUCAAAAUCAAAACACAUCUUUGGAAAAUAAUAUUAGUAUGCCAAUUAUUCCAUCCAAUGAAAGAUCAAAAUUAUUAGCAACAGCAAUAGUCAAAUCAAAAGAUAAGUCCGGUAUAAAUUAUUUAUUACGUGCGUUCGUUGAUCAAGGUUCAGAGGGCAUAUUAAUAACAGAAAGAGCAACUCAAAUGUUACAUCUAAAAAAGAAAAAUGAAUAUAUGCCUUUAACGGGCGUUGGUGAUGUCUCACUUGGAAAUGCAAAUAAAUCUGUGCGAAUACAAAUUGAGUCAGUCAUCAAUUCAUUUAAAAUCACAAUGAACGCAUUAGUAGUAAAAUCAAUUAUGAAGCCACGAAAAUACAAUGAAGAAAAUCCGCAUUUUGCAAAUGCAGAACACGUUGAUCUUUUAUUGGGGGUCGAUAUAUAUGGAAUCAUUUUAUCAAAUGGUUUACGCAAGGGUUUAUUGAACGAACCAGUGGCACAAAAUACUGCAUUCGGCUGGUUAGUUUUUGGAGCAUGUACAGAAAAGAGUGUUUAUAACAUAAGAAUAAAUCAUUUAUCAUUGGAAAAUGAAAUACGUCGCUUUUGGGAAAAUGAAGAAGUGGAAAUUGAGCCAAUUUUAACUCAAGAGCAUCAAGAAUGUGUUGAAUAUGUCAAUAAAACUAUAAAGCGAUUAGAAAACGGACAAAUGAUGGUCUCAUUACCGUUUAAUAUGAACCCAAAACAUGAGAAUUUCUUGGGCAAUUCCAAGCAAAUGGCUUUACGUCGCUUUUAUCAAAUUGAAAAGCGUUUCAGUAGAGAUCAGCUAUAUAAACAGCGUUAUUUUGAAGAGAUACAGGGAUACUUGGAUCUAGGUCAUAUGUCAUUAUGUAACGAUUCAAAUGACGGAUAUGUUUUGCCACAUCAUGCCAUAGUUCGUGAGAAUAGAACGACAACAAAACAAAGAACAGUAUAUGACGCAUCAGCCGUAACAUCAAAUGGAUAUUCAUUGAACGAUAGAUGUUUAAAUGGACCUACCAUUCAACCUGAAUUAUUUGAUACAUUUAUUCGAUGGCGAAUAUUUAAAAUCGCAUUAAUCGCGGAUAUUGAAAAGAUGUAUCGUCAAAUACUUGUAGCCCCCGAGGACCGAAAAUAUCAAAAGAUUCUCUUUAGAUUUUCGGAAAAAGAACCAAUUAAAACCUACCAACUCAAUACAGUCACUUUUGGCACUAAACCAGCUCCAUAUUUAGCAAUAUUUUCAACAUUUGCCUUAGCCGAAUUAGAAGAGAAACGUUUCCCAGAAGCAGCGAAAAGAGUAAAAACUGAUUUUUAUGUCGACGACUGUAUGAGUGGAAGUCAUUCAAUCAAAGAAGCAAAAGAAUUACAGCAACAAUUAAAUGGUUUGUUUCUCUCGGGGCAUUUAUUACUGAGAAAAUGGGCAUCAAAUAAUGAAGAAACAUUGGAGGGAAUACCAAUGGAAGAUCGUGCAAUAAAACCAUCAUUGGAAUUAAACAAAAAUGAAACCAUCAAAACUCUCGGAAUGCAUUGGUCACCCUCCACUGACAUAAUAAGCUUUACAAUAGAUUUGUCAAAUUUAUCACAGGAAAAGAGAAUUACGAAACGUAAACUUUUAUCAGAUUCUUCAAAGCUAUUCGACCCGUGCGGUCUCCUUAGCCCCAUUACAAUCAAAGUAAAAAUUUUAAUGCAAGAAAUAUGGAAAAGUGGUAUUAAAUGGGAUAAUUUAGUAUCUGAUGAAAUUCAAUUGGAGUGGAAUAGAUAUCGAAGCGAAUUAAAGUUAAUCGAACAAAUUAAAAUCGAGAGAUGGUUUAAAUCUGGCCCAGAAUCUCAAAUAUUUCUCCAUGGAUUUUGUGACAGUUCUGAAAGAGCUUAUGAUGCGUCAAUUUAUCUCAUACAAAAAAGCAAUCAUAUUACAACAUCGACUUUAAUUUGUUCAAAAACAAGGGUUGCACCCAUUUCAAGUAUAACCAUACCAAGAUUAGAGUUAUGUGGAGCCCUAUUAUUGGCAACUUUAAUGCACAGAACAAUGAAAAAUUUAAAUAUUGAGAAGAAAUUCGUUCAUUUAUGGACUGAUUCAUCAAUAGUAAUCACAUGGUUAAAUUCGCAUCCUUCCAAAUGGUCAGUUUACGUCAGUCAUCGAGUAAGUCGCAUUCAAACGUUAUUUGAUGCACAACAUUGGAGACAUGUACGAACUUAUGAUAACCCAGCGGAUAUUGCCUCUCGUGGAGCGUUUCCAAGCGAAUUAAUAAACAAUAAUUUGUGGUUUCAUGGUCCCUCAUGGUUAUUGCUCGAGGAAGAUAGAUGGCCAAAAUUGGAGUUAAAAUUACCGGUGGGAAUAAAUCUAGAAGAAAAAACACGCAUCCAUAAUGUUAAUAUAAAAGAGACACCGAAAGAACUUGUAUUUUUACGAAAUUUUUCAAGUUUGAACCGAUUAUAUCGAGUCACAUCAUACAUGUUUCGAUUCGUGUAUAAAAAUCUCAUGCAUAAUGAAAAGUUAGAUUAUGCCAGCGGUUAUAUUACAGCGGCAGAAAUAAAGCGAGCAAAAUAUGCAUGGGGAUCAGUCAGCGAAAAAAGCGUGUUAAAACAAUUGAAUCCAGAAAUAGAUGAAAAUGGAGUUUUAAUUGUUUGCGGUCGUUUGGAAAAAUCAAAUUUAUCAUUAAGUCAAAGACGGCCAAUCAUUUUACCCGCUAAAAGUAAUUUAUCACAGCUAAUAGUUGAUUACGCGCACAAAGCAACACUACAUGGCACAAUACAUCUAACAUUAGCUCGUAUACGUCAGGAAUUUUGGAUUUUGAAUUGUCGAAAUUUGGUAAAAAAUCAUAUUCAUAAAUGUGUGAAAUGUUAUCGUCAAAAGCCAAGACCAAUGCAACAGCUGAUGGCUCCAUUACCAUUGGUUAAAACAGUACCAUCUCGUGCAUUUCUGCAUUGUGGUUUGGACUUCGCCGGGCCAAUAGACAUUAAAGCAUCAGAUAAACGAAAUGCACCCGUCAUAAAAGGGUAUAUUUGUGUUUUUGUGUGUAUGGUAUCGAAAGCAGCACAUUUGGAAACAGUUGGUGAUUUAAGCACACAAAAAUUUAUAAUGGCACUUCGCAGAAUGAUGUCACGUCGGGGAUUAAGUAGCGAUAUAUACUGCGAUCAGGGCACCAAUUUUCAAGGUGCCAGUAACGAAUUGCCAAAACUAUUUUUACAAGCACAGUCGACAGUAUCAAAUGAAAUCGCUAGUUUAUUUGCUUCUGAUGGAAUAAAGUUUCAUUUCAACCCCCCUGGAGCUCCAAGUUGGGGCGGCCAAUGGGAAUCAUUUGUGAAAUUAACAAAAUAUCAUUUACGCCGAAUGACAACGUCAAUCAAAUUAACGUUUGAAGAAAUGAGCACCCUUCUCACACAAAUCGAAGCAUGUUUGAAUUCACGGCCUUUAUGUGCAAUUACAAGUGACAUCGACGAUUUAGACCCCGUUACACCUGGUCAUUUAUUAAUUGGUUCACCAUUGAAUUUAAUUCCCGAGCCAAGUUUACUAUCACUAAAAGAUAAUACGCUUGAUCGAUUUCAAGCCAUUCAAAAAGGAUUACAAAUAUUUUGGAAACGAUUUUAUACUGAAUAUUUGUAUUCACAACAGCCACGGAAAAAGUGGCAUAAAACCAAUGAAAAUAUAAAAACAGGGGAUUUGGCAGUUAUUAUCGACGAUAAUAUACCUCCAGCAAAAUGGAUUUUGGGCAGAGUCAUUAGGGUACAUCCUGGUUCCGAUGGUUUGGUAAGAAUGGCAACAUUAAAGACUCGAAACGGAGAGUUACAGCGACCGAUCGUUAAACUUUGUAAGCUUCCAGUGUCGGGACCCCCGGAGGAUGUUCCAAAUUGA